AUGGCAUUAUGUCAUAGAGAUGCUAUUGCUACCAAUGGGGAUACAGCUGGUGGCAAAGUUUGGGAUAUUUGCAUAUUUGUUUUCAGACAAUCACAGUAUAUCACUAGCAUCUUUAUUUCUAUUGCUUACUCUUGCAGAAAACAAAGUUCUGGAGCAUUAUCCGGCAUCACUGCUCAGAAUGAGUCAAAGUCAGGGCUUGACAGUAAGAAUGGAUCUCAUAUGUGUCUGAAGAGAUUUAUUUUCUCUGAAACUAUAUUAGAUCAUGCUUGCCAAACAACCAUUUGGAUGAAUGACCGCCACCUGUUAUUCCUUUUCUCCGUUCUCAUUGGCGUGAAGGAUUUGAAGGCGUUAAUGAAGGUUGUAGCAUCCCAACCACCAGUUUCCGUUCAUAUAAAGUGGCAUACAGGGUGGUUUUUGCGAAAGCUACUUCAAUGUGAAGGAAAUAUGCUCACUGAUGAUAAUGUCCACCUAUUCAAUACUUCAUAUGAGCAGUCCCGUGAAUGUCUUCGAAAGGAACUUGAUGGAUGCCGGUUUGAUCAUAUCCCAAAUACUAUAGGACAUGAGUGGGGAAGCAGUAAAAAAGUAUCAAUUACAGUGAUUCAAUUCCUGAUUGUACUUCUUAAAUAGAAGGUGGAAUUCUUGCAAGGUGCGGGUUUGGAGGGAUGUAGUGACUUGUCAUAUCUUCAAAAUGGAACUAAAAUUGAUGACUGCUUUUGUGAGUACAUACAGCUCUGGAGCUACAAUCCCAAGUUAGGGAUCCCUUAUUACAUU